CAAAAUUCUGUUGCACUGCAUUCGGCACCAUAGCAUGGAUGUUAUGUCAUUACAACUGUGCAUAUAGUUGUCUAUGCAGUGUUUUGUUUCCAUGUUAUGUGUGUUGCUGUGGCUUGCAGUUUUUAAUUCUGUUUCUCAGGGAUGUCGAUCAAGUGCAUGACAUGAUGGAUGACAUAGCAGAGCAGCAGGAUGUUGCAAAGGAGAUUUCAGAAGCUAUUUCAAACCCUGUUGCCUUUGGUCAAGAUGUCGAUGAGGAUGAACUGGAACGUGAAUUAGAAGAACUUGAACAAGAGGAGCUCGACAAGGAACUGCUGGGUGUGGGACCUUCAGUAGAUGAAUUACCAAGUGUACCUACCACCGACAUUGCGAGGCCUACUCCAACUAAAUCGAAAGCCAAAUCUCGAACUGAAGAGGAGGAGGAUGAAUAUAUGAAAGAACUGCAACAGUGGGCUUCAUAAACAUGUCACAAUACAUUUAGCAGCAGACAUCAGAAAUUCAGUACUAGAAUAUGAAUUUAUGAAACAUACUCCACAGCUUGCUUUAUAUUGGCCAUUAUACUGCAAGCACGAAGGAAGUCAUAAGACAUUUUAAAAUUUGUUGAUGCUGAUCUGGCACUGUGUAUAUUAGUCUAAUUUAAAUUCAAUAUAAACUAGCCUCUAAUCAGUUAUAUUUCUUCUGGUGGUAUUGUGCUUACUGUAAAUUUUAAUGGACAAAAAAAUUGCUAAGAAAUUACACAAAUUAAUGUGAUAAGCCAAGAUUAAUUAAUUUUCCUUAUGCCAUGUAUUAUAAAUAGUUAGGAAGAAUGCCUUAUUUACAAGAGGAGUAAUUUUGCGAUUCUUAAGGUACUUGCUGUUAAAGUACCAUACUUUUUUACUUGCUGUAAAUAUAGGAAUUAUCAUACAUGUGAUAUCAAACUGCUGUGAAACAGUGUUACAGUUUAUGGGCAGCAUGAAAUUAACAAAGUUUAACAAUGAAUGGAGAUUGUAUGAAUGUAAUUAUCUGUCAAUAUGAAAAUGAGUUAGUUUAAUGUAAAUUUGCUCUCUUCAUGAUCAGACACUUCUGGGAGAAGUUUAACUCCUAAUACCCUUCAUGAAUGUAGUCCUGCAUGGCUGUGACCAUAAAUUUUGUUUUCAUUGUCCAAUAUAUCCUUUCUACAAACCAUUCUUACAAGUUAAUGAUUGCAAAUGUGUUUUUUUUUCAGUGAGGUCCAAAGGAUGGUUAAAGAGUACUAUUCAGAGAGUUUUCUGUACUAAUUAAACAUUACAGUGUCUAUCCAGUGUACAACACUCUGUAUUGAAAAAGAGAGUGCCAUUUAUUGAAAUAAUGCCUACCCUUAACAUGUUGGUUGGUUUCCAAUAGCUGCAUUUGGAAUCGUUUAACCCAUUUUCCUUCUUGCUUUGUUGAAUCUUGUUAAGAUUAGGGCAUUGAAGGUGUUCUUUUCCCAUAGAUGACCCUGGCAAGUUGCACAGUGUAAAUUCUUCUCUGUUAUAUAUUCCUAUCUUACAAAGGCAGUCAUGUCCUGUAUUCAAUAAAAAAUUUGCAACGGCUUC